GCCUCCUUUCUUUCAAGUCAUGAGUUAGUAUUUAAUGGAAUCAAGUUCCAUUAAGAUGUCCGAUUUGAAAUCGUACGACGCGUUAAAGUGUCUUUGGGCUAUCUGGAAGUUUCUUUGCAUUAAACCCUGGCCUAAAUACCAAAAACUUAAGCUAGUCUUUCUUAUCUUCACAGUCUUUCUUACAAUUUCACACUUACUCGCUCUGAAUUUGGGAUUACUGCUUUCCGGAAGCACAAGGACUGCGGUUCAAAAUUUCCCAUUUAACAUUGGAUUUUUUGCUUGUUCGGUGAAAUUUGCUUGUGUUUAUUCAAUGCGAUCCGAACUAUUGGAGCUGGAAAAAUAUUUCGAUCAACUAGACGAUAUUUUGAAGUCAGAAGAGGAACGGGCUGCGAUGAGAGUCCUGGCGGAUAAAGUACAUCGUUAUUCUAUCGCAUAUGUAUCUUUUGAUUUAUCUAUUGCUGCUUCUGGGAUAAUCGUAUCGCUUGCUUCGGCUGGGCAGAAUUUGAUUUUUCCGGCCUGGUAUCCAUUCAAUUAUCGUGAAAACGGUUGGAAAUUCGCAUUGGCAUUCACACACCAACUGGUCGCUUUCGUAGUGCUGAAUUUCCAAAAUAUAUCAAGUGACGGGUAUCCAAUGUGCUACUUGGUCAUGUUAAAUGCACAUGUGAAGGUACUCAUUAGACGCUUCUCUACAAUUGGAAAGGAUGAGACCGACAAUAGUCCGGAUAAUUACCCACUACUCGUGUCUUGUGUACAGAAUCAUGUGAUUAUUUUAAAUAUAUUAUCCAUUCUACGCAAGCUUAUAUCACAGACGCUUUUCGUUGAGUUUAUUGUUUCCAGCGGCAUUCAGUGCUUCACUGUGGUGUACCUUAUCAGCUUCGAUCUACCGACAGUUGAGAAGAUAUUCUUCAUAAGCUGUGCUUUCGGGAGUGUUAUGGAGAUACUACCAACGUGCUACGUUGCUAACCAACUAAUCCAACUAACGGAAGAUCUUGCCUUUGCUGCUUACAGCGCUAACUGGGUCUAUCAGGGUACUAAAUUCCGACGCACAAUCGUUUUCAUAAUGGCAAAAUGCCAAGAGCCGAGUGUAAUUCUGGCUGGAGGCAUUGUUCCAGUGACUAUGGCUACAUUUCUGAGCAUUGUUAAAUUUUCAUACUCUUUGCUGACGCUCAUGAUUGGUCGAUUGCAGAGAUAAGAUCUUUUCCAAUUUCGAAAUAAUAUCAACACUUUAUGGAUUCUCUAGCCUAAAUGCCAUUUUGUCAAUAUGUAUCACGCCUUCUGCACUAUGAGAUAA